GCUUCAGGCUUGUCGCCCCGGGGGCGGCGCCGGCUCUCUGGGCCUUGGCCUUGGGGCAAGCCAGGGGCCAGCGGAUCCUGUUUUAAAGAGGAAGCCGGAGCUCUCCCGUCCCUGUGCAAGCGCCAGCGCCGCGCUCGCGAGCCGGGGCCUGUGGACAGGCCGCUUCGGGCCCCGCCGCCUCCGGAUGCGGCGCUGAGGGCCGUCACCAUGGAGACGGCCGCGGCCCCAGGCCCGGGCUGGGCAGCAGAGGGGGAGCGGCGGCGAAGACGCUGCUCACGGCGAGACCGAGACCGGGAGCAGCGACGCCGCCGGGGUCCUGGCGGUGACGCGCCCCGGGCCUUGUUGGCCGCCCCGCGCGGCUCUUCAUCCUCGUCGUCACCGCCGCCGCCCGCCCGUCCCUGGUCGUCAGCUUCUUCUGGAGAGCGACCUGGAGGCCCUAGACGGCGGCGGCCCCGACCCAGGCCUCGACCCCCGAGACCGCGAGCACGGAAGCGGCCUGCCGGUUCGGGCAGCCGCGGAGAGGAGGAGGAGGAGGAGGAGGAAGAGGGGGGCGCAGAAGACGGGGAAGCCGAGGAGGAGCCUGAAGAGGAGGAAGAGGAGGAGGAAGACUUGAUCGAUGGCUUUGCCAUCGCUAGCUUUGCCAGCCUUGAGGCCUUGCAGAAGGAUGCAUCUCUUCAGCCCCCAGAGCGACUGGAACAUCGGCUGAAGCAUUCUGGGAAACGGAAAAGGGGGGGCUCCAGUGGGGCCACUGGGGAGCCAGGGGACAGCUCAGACCGUGAGCCUGGCCGGCCCCCUGGGGAUAGGCCCCGCAAAUGGCCCAAUAAGCGAAGAAGGAAAGAGGCCUUCUCCCGUCACUCUGUGGAAGCCGGAUAUAUAUGUGACGCAGAAAGUGAUCUGGAUGAGAGGGUCUCCGAUGAUGACCUGGACCCUUCCUUUACUGUCUCAACCAGCAAAGCCUCGGGUCCUCAUGGCACCUUCAAUGGGAACUGUGAAGCAAAACUGUCUGUGGUCCCUAAAGUGUCGGGCCUGGAGCGGAGCCAAGAGCAGCCCCCGGGGCCCGACCCGCUGCUAGUGCCUUUCCCCCCAAAGGAACCACCACCUCCACCAGCCCCUCGGCCUCCUGUCUCAUCCCCUACACCCUUACCAGCUACUCCCAGUCUGCCACCCCCACCCCAGCCCCAGCUGCAGCUUCGAGUCUCACCCUUCGGCCUCCGAACUUCUCCCUAUGGCAGCAGCCUGGACCUCAGCACUGGCAGCUCUUCACGGCCGCCCCCCAAGGCCCCGGCCCCUCCCGUGGCUCAGCCUCCCCCCUCAUCAUCCUCUUCGUCUUCCUCCUCCUCAUCUGCCUCCUCCUCGUCCGCGCAGCUCACCCACCGGCCCCCGACGCCCUCACUGCCCCUGCCUCUGUCCACCCACAGCUUUCCUCCCCAUGGGUUGCGCCCACCACCACCACCCCACCACCCUUCCUUGGUCUCCCCUGGCCCCACCCUGCCCCCACCCCCACCUCUGCUGCAGGUGCCAGGGCACCCUGGGGCCUCAGCCGCUAACGCCCUUUCUGAGCAGGACCUGAUCGGCCAGGACCUGAACUCUCGCUACCUGAAUGCCCAGGGUGGCCCUGAGGUGGUGGGGGCAGGGGGCUCGGCCCGGCCCCUGGCCUUCCAGUUCCACCAGCACAACCACCAGCACCAGCACACCCACCAGCACACCCACCAGCACUUCACUCCCUACCCCCCGGGCCUGCUGCCUCCCCACGGCCACAUGUUUGAGAAAUACCCAGGAAAGAUGGAAGGCCUUUUCCGACAUAAUCCGUACAUGGCCUUCCCUCCCGCAGUGCCCGGGCUCCCUCCGGGUCUCCCGCCAGCUGUCUCCUUUGGCUCCCUUCAGGGGGCCUUCCAGCCCAAGAACACGAAUCCUGAGCUGCCACCACGACUGGGGCCAGUGCUGAGCGGGCUCCCCCAGAAGGGGACACAGAUCCCUGAUCAUUUCCGGCCACCUUUGAGGAAACCAGGAAAGUGGUGUGCCAUGCACGUUCGUGUGGCUUACAUGAUCCUGAGACACCAGGAAAAGAUGAAGGGUGAUUCCCACAAGCUUGACUUUCGGAAUGACCUCCUGCCCUGCCUUCCGGGGCCCUAUGGGGCCCUGGCCCCUGGGCAGGAGCUCUCCCACCCAGCGUCCCUCUUCACUGCGACUGGAGCCGUCCAUGCUGCAGCCAAUCCUUUCACAACAGCUCCUGGGGCCCAUGGACCCUUCCUGAGCCCCAGCACUCACAUUGAUCCCUUUGGGCGGCCUACAAGCUUCGCCUCAUUGGCUGCUCUCUCCAACGGGGCCUUUGGAGGCCUGGGCAGCCCCACAUUCAACUCCAGCGCCGUCUUUGCCCAGAAAGAAAGCCCAGGAGCCCCACCAGCCUUUGCCUCCCCACCAGACCCAUGGGGCCGCCUGCACCGCAGUCCUCUUGCCUUUCCUGCUUGGGUCCGACCCCCUGAAACUGCCCGAACACCAGGCUCAGACAAGGAGCGGCCUGUGGAGCGAAGGGAGCCAUCUGUCACCAAGGAGGAGAAGGACAGGGACCUCCCUUUCUCACGGCCCCAGCUGCGAGUAUCUCCUGCUACUCCUAAGGCCAGGGCUGGCGAGGAAGGAGCCCGGCCAGCCAAAGAGUCUGUACGGGUGAAGGAAGAGAGGAAAGAAGAGGCUGCUGCCGCCGCCGCCGCAGCUGCUGCCGCUGCCGCUGCUGCCGCCGCCGCUGCUGCUGCAACCACUGGGCCUCAGGGCCUUCACUUGCUUUUGGAGAGGCCCCGGCCACCCCCCUUCCUUGGCCCUAGUCUGCCAGAGCGCUGUGCAGGCUUCCCAGAGCCAACCUGGUUGGCAGGGCCCCCACGCCUGGCCAGGCCACCACGCUUCUAUGAGGCAGGUGAGGAGUUGACUGGACCAGGGGCCAUGGCUGCUGCCCGCCUCUAUAGUCUAGACCCUGCUCAUCCCCUGCUAUACAGCCGUUUGGCUCCUCCACCACCACCUACUGCAACUCCAGGAACCCCUCACCUUCUCAGCAAGACCCCACCAGGAGCCCUUUUGGGAGCACCACCACCUCUUGUGCCCGCCCCCCGGCCCAGCUCCCCACCUAGAGCCCCUGGCCCAGCCCGGGCUGACAGGUGAGGAGAGGUGAGGGGCAGGGGCAAAGCUCCACCCCCUCUCCCCAUACCUUGUGACAAAGUCCUAGGGCUGAAGUUUUUAAGCCAGGGUUGGAAGGCAAAGGUCACAAUCUCAUGGCCAUCUCUGAAGUCAUGGACCUGGGAGUAGAAUUCCCAACCCCCGCAAGGUCAAGUAUCUCAUGGACUGUGGGGUCACUGGGAGGACAGAGGUCACAGGCCUCUAGAGAGCAGUGUGAGAACGAGCGAGUGAGUGACAGAAAGAGUGUGUGUGCGCGUGU